AUGGCCACGAAAACUUCCACAAGUGUUCGUCAGGGUGCUUCUGCUGCUAUGCCUCAACAAGUGUUCAUGGUGGGUAACAGCAAUGCAUUGGCAGAAAUUAAGGACAAGCUCACCAACUCGUCAAUUGAAAAAAGAGAAGUCAUCUCCAUCACAGGAAUGGGAGGCAUUGAGAAGACAACUUUAGCUAAAGAAGUAUAUGAAGAUGAAUGCAUCAAGUGUCAUUUUGACAUUCGAGCAUGGAUUACUGUGUCUCAAUCUUAUUCCUUGGAUGAUUUGCUCCGAGUGCUCCUCCAAUCAAUUGAAGCUUCUUCUCCAAAAGAAGGACAAUCUGCAAGAGCCAUCGAAUCUAGGGAGAAAGUCCGUAAGUUGUUGCUGGGCAAGAGGUAUCUAAUUGCAAUUGAUGACAUAUGGAGUACACAAGUUUGGGAUGAUUUGCAGAUAUGCUUCCCGGAAAAGAGAAAUGGAAGUCGAGUAUUGUUAACAACUCGACUCACAUAUGUGGCUACUUAUGCUAGUUCCGGUGGUCUCUCAUUUAACAUGCCUACCCUAAGCAAAGAAGAAAGUUGGGAUCUAUUUUGCAGAAAAGUAUUUGCAAAAGAAUCUUGUCCCCCUUGUAUUGACAAAUUGGGAGAGAUAUUGUGA